CCGCCGUCGACCAUGGCGGACGUGUACAACCACGAGCUGACGCCGCUGCAGAAGCACGUCGCCUUCUUCGACCGGAACAAGGACGGCGUCAUCUACCCCUCAGAGACCUACCAAGGGUUCCGCGCGAUCGGCUGCGGGGUGGCGCUCUCCGCGUUCAGCGCCGUCUUCAUCAACGGCCUGCUAGGGCCCAAGACCGUACCGGAGAACAUGAAGGCUCCAUCUUUCAAGUUCCCCAUCUACGUAAAGCACAUCCACAAGGGCAAGCAUGGGAGCGAUUCGGGCGUGUACGACGCCCAAGGAAGGUUUGUUCCUGAAAAGUUUGAGGAGAUAUUCAAGAAGCAUGCCCACACCAGGCCUGAUGCCCUCACAGGCAAAGAGCUGAAUGAGUUGCUUCAAGCAAACAGGGAGCCCAACGACUUGAAAGGAAGAGUGGGUGGUUUCACAGAGUGGAAAGUUCUCUACUCACUGUGCAAAGAUAAGGAGGGUUUUCUUCACAAGGAGACUGUCAGGGCAGUAUACGACGGCAGCCUCUUUGAGAGGUUGGAAAAAGAGAGGAAGGAAGCUAAGGAAUUUGCCAAGAAGAAAUGAUGAAAACUCACCUGAUAGCCUUUAAUUUGUGGCUGUGUCCAAGUAUCUGUAAAUUAUGGUGUGCUCGUGAGUCUGGUUUCCAAAAUUAAUGAUGUAUCUUGAUUUCAUUUGUUUCAUGUUUAUGGAUUGAGGG